AUGAGACCAAUAAUCUGUACAUGGAAUAAAUUUAUCCACCUACGAUUUGUGUUGACUAUCAGGAAUGUUUCAAAUAGAACUACUGAAUUUUCGAAACGAGAUCUGAGUAGUAGUAGUAGUAGUAGUAGGAAGGAGUACAACUCGAAAGAUGGGACAGUUUCUAAAACUGUGAGAAAGGUUUGUCCCAGUACCAAAACUACAAAUCAUCAAACAGAUAAUGGUACUGUGCACAUACCCGAGAGGGGUACUCUCAACAGGGAAGGAAGUAAGGCUUCUUCAUUGAAUCUUGAUGAAUUGACAAUGGAAACUCCAUCUAAGGAACUGCAAACACUUGGAAUUACUGAUGGGGCUGAUAGUGUUUAUACAGAAAAAAUGUAUAAUUCAGAUAUACAAGACUUUGAGCUGGCUUUUGAGAAAAUGGACCGUCUUCAAAAGCCAAGUCCAAAAGGUCGAUCCUCCAAAAGGCGAUCGAGGUUGAAUGAUUCCCCCAAAGCCGAUUCGAAACUUGACUGCGAAUCUGGAACAACUCGUCUCACGUCAAAGAAUGUGAUCAAGAAGCCAUUGGAACAAUGCCUAGCACCAAAGAAAUCAGAUAUUCCACAAUUGGCUCACAAUUUGGAUCGAGUUUUAUUUUCCCCUGGUGUUCACUUUUUACAAGACCCCAGAACCCGUGUUUACAACUUUUCUCCUUUUUUGAAGAAUGUGAUACAUUACAAAGACUUUAAUUUUGAUGCUGCUGGUAGUUAUACACCGGUGGAUAAACAUAAAAAUUUGUUAGAGAAUGCUAAAAGGUUCAAAAAACAGUUCUACUCAAGUACUUCAUCAAUGACUUCAAUAUUGAGUAAAUUCUACAUGUUAUUAAACAACUACUCAUCAUCAAAAGUCGAAAGAUUUGGAGAGAUCCCAUUGAGUGGUGUAGCUACCAAACUACCUAGUAGUACAUUUGUUGAGCCAAAGGGCACAUUCAUUGAUCAGGGAAAAACAACAACAGUAUACUCCCUUCUGGCAGACAAGUCUUGUGACUCUGAAAUAUUGCUUAGUGCAAUGGGUAUUUGUAUGGAAACUUUGUUAACCAACCCAGAAAAUGAAUUUGUCAAGUAUAGAAAGGAUAACACGGAGGAAGCUCCACCAUCUCCAUUGAAUGCCUACAAUUAUGUAUCGUAUGGUAACUUUUUGAUGCGAUCUCAAUUGGACUGUUUUGACGAGAGAUUACCGGGUAAUGGAACUUUUGAUUUGAAAACUAGAGCAUCGACUAAUAUUAGGUACAAUUCACAUCACCCUAAUGUAGGUGAAACUGAUUAUCAAAUAUUUAAGUUAACUGGGCAAUAUGAAAGCUAUGAAAAGGAGUUUCGUGAUCUUAUCAAAACUGGGGCUUUACUUAAAUACUUGUUUCAGGCAAGAAUUGGUCAAAUGGAUGGGAUCUUUAUUGCAUACCAUAAUAUCAAUUCCAUAUUCGGGUUUCAGUAUUUGCCAUUGGAAGAGUUGGACAAGAUAUUCUACUCCCAUGCAGAUUUCAAUACUAUGGCUAUAGAUUCCAAUGAGGCAACAUUGGAGACAUGUUACGAAAUGGACAAAUUGCCAUCAUUGAUUGGAGAUACCCAAUUCAAAUUUUCAUUGGAAAUUUGGGAAACUUUGUUAAAGGAGCAUAUUAUCAAAGACUUUGAAGCUAGUGGUUUAAAAGAUACUGCAUUCAGGUUGAUCAUACAAACCUACAGACGACGUUAUGCUCGGGAUCAGCAAUUAAGGGUUUAUGCCAUUCCCGUGUCAACCAGUGAGAUUGAACAAUUUCAACUGUUUGGUAAUCGAUAUCCAACGGAUUUCAAGCAAGAUAUUACAGAGAAGCAGAGAUUGAUCAACACCAAAAAACAUGUCUCAGAACUACAAAAAUUCAACAACAUGUCCCUAAAAGGUAAAAAGCUAUUAUCAUAUAUUAUUUCCAUGGACAAUGGUUAUAUCGACGCAGACAAAACUUCGUACUAUAGCUUGCCACAUUAUUUGCCUAACUCAUGGCGUGUGCAAUAUUCUAUUAAACGAGUCAAAAAUUUAUCAAGAGAAGACUUUACCCAAGUGUUUGACUUGCCAAUCCAACAACUAAGUGAGCAAUUCCAACUGACAAAUAAAUCAAAGUCGAAGUUUAUGAAAAAGCUACAACUGUUGCAUCAAAAAUACGAAAAAAUAGGAGCAAUAAGAAAAAAGCAAUGGGAAUUGAAGGAAAAGACUACAAAUGUUUAUAGACCAAAGUAUCAUUUCUAA